CGAAAACGAACAGAAAAAUGGGGCACUGUGGAUGACUGGAGGACUCGGGAGAAGAGAGUUAGAGAGAGACAAAAAGGUAUACUUUUCCUCUCAAUCGUCGGUCUCCUUCGUCCGUAUUCGUCUGCUUUUUCCUAUUUCUGGAAAAUUAUUAUUAGUAAUAAUAUGUUUAUUUUUUGAAUAUGGGGUAUUAAUUUUUUCUCUCUACAAGUCUUUCACAAGAAAAAGUUUCCCCAAGUGGUUUCGUUCAAUCUCUUCCGAUCUCAGAUUUGAUGGCUUUGCCGCAAACCGAAUCCUUCGCCUUCACCUGAAGAUUUUGGUGCUCGCUCCUCCGGUGAUUGUUUUCUGGAUUAGUAUCGAAUAUUGUAGUCGCUAAUGGAGACCAGUGGCGGUGGAUUUAGCCGGAGAAGGAUCCAUACGGCGGAAUACAAGCCCGAUUCCCCAAACCUGGGAGACUUUCUCAGAGUGAAACAGGCGAGCAGCCGUAAUGGCGGAAGUAGCAAUUUGACCGGUUUAACCCUAGGCGCUGUUUUGGAUAGAGAGCCUAGAUCGAGUACGGCCGCGCUACCGCACCGGACUCUCCUCGAUAUCAUACGGGCUGAGCCGUUCGCGAGCAAGGCGAGCCGGAAGACAUGGAAACACAUCACAGAUAGGCUCUGUUUAAGGAUCCAUGGGUCCGCCUGGUCCUCUGCCGACGACGAUUCGUUCCCCGCCGCCGCACUUGCCGCCGAUACACCUCGACGGCAGACGUCCCAUCCCGCGCGGGUUUCUCCUGCGAAUAAUUCCCCCGAGGGGGAGACCCCGAGGCGCGGAUUGAUUCAGCCGGAAGUGACGACAUCGCCGGGGUCAACCACUCUGAUUGUGAUGCUGCAGAGGAGCUCUAGUCGGGCUGUGGGUGACAGGACCUCGAGAUUCGAGGUGGCAGAGGCUUCCGACGGCAAUUUACCAGGCGAAAGCACCACGGAGGACCAACCGGCAAGACUCUCACUUAUGGCGUUGCUUGCAGAGACUGACAGGGAAAUGAGCAUGGACAGUGCAGCUGGCAUAGCGGAAGAAGAAGAUGGAGAAGCCGGAGAGGAGAUUGCCGGCGGUGGCAAGUUAAUUGUAGACCGUUGUUGCGUGUGCAUGGUUAGACACAAGGGUGCGGCGUUUAUACCCUGUGGACACACAUUUUGCCGGCGGUGCUCUAGGGAGCUCUGGGUUCAAAGGGGAAGUUGCCCUCUCUGCAACAAUUCUAUCUCAGAAGUUCUUGACAUUUUCUAGUCAAACUCUCCUCUCCACACACUCUAAUUCUAUAUCCACAGGUUUCAGUAUUCUCUUCUUAAAAAUACAUGGUGUUACUGUGAUUUUCACACUUUCUAAAUCGGUAAAUUGGGUUAUAGUAUCAUUCUUUUUUCUUCAAUACGAGUGCUUAUACUUUACUCUGCAAUUUUUUACUCUGCAAUUUUGAAAUGGGUGGUGCAAUAUAUGGUUUGGCAUUAAGAUUUAUCCUAUCCCUCCUUUUCUUCGAAUGCCCAAGGUAUCCAAGUUUAUAAUGUGACAUUGUUGUGAUUCGGCUAGAAAUAUACUCCGUAUAAAGAACUGGUAAUGACUUGUAAUUAAUGUUACACGAUUUAACUCAUCAAUGGCUAUUUACAAAAGAAGUUGAAGAAGCUCCCAAUAUUUUUGGAUGAUAUUCUUUUUAGAAGGGCG